GGGAAUCCCAGACCUACGGUUCAAGCUCGAGGAGUGCGCCCAGGUGACUUUGGGCCAGUCCCUCCUCGUGGAGCUCGCAGGGUGGGCCUCCGGGUUGGGACACUCUUAGAUCCCAGGCCCCGAAGCCACUCCUUUUCGGGGCGGCCGCGGGGGCUGGGCUUCGGACUUUCCGGUCCUUUCCCCUCGGGCCGCAGCCCCGGAGGGCGGGAGGGGGAGGGGCUGCUAGCAGGGGGAGGAGGAGGGGCGCUGGCUGGGGGUGGGACGCGACGACGCGGACGCGGCCGCAGCGGCGGCGGCGGCGGCGGCCUGGGGGGCGGGAGGCUCGCACUCUCCCACUUCCCGGGGCUGGCGCACACUGGCCGGCCACAGCCGCCUCUCCCAGUCCCGGCGGCAGCGGCGGCGUCAGCAGCUCAGCUAGCUCCCGGAGCCCACCGCGCAGUUCCUCCCAGCCCUCGGGGCUGCGGUCACCGGCGCCCGUCGGCCCCCACCAACCCUGCGGGGCUCUCACCUCUCGGAUCCCGGCCCUCCUUCGCUCCCUUUUUCCCUGCGUCCCAGUCCGGGCUCCGCAGCAGCCCCUCGGGGUGCGCGGACCGGUGGACGGACUGUCGGGCGACCGGCCGGCGAGUCAGACGGGACCAGGCAAGCGGGGACGGCCGUCGGGGGGCGAGCUCCAGGCCCCGCACCCAGACCCCCGCGCUCACUGCCGGCCGGCUGGGGCCCCCCGGGACCAUGAACAGUAGCACCAAAGGCAGCGGUGGCGGCGGCGGUGGCGGUGGCGGUGGCGGUGGCAGCAGCGGCAGCAGCGAUAAGGAACCCAGCCCGAGCGACGGCGGCCUCCCAGAGGAAGAGGUCCGGACUCUCUUUGUCAGUGGUCUCCCUCUGGACAUCAAGCCUCGGGAGCUUUAUCUGCUCUUCAGACCAUUUAAGGGCUAUGAAGGUUCCCUAAUAAAGCUGACAUCAAAACAGCCCGUGGGCUUUGUCAGUUUUGAUAGUCGAUCAGAAGCGGAAGCUGCUAAGAAUGCGCUGAAUGGCAUUCGCUUCGAUCCUGAAAUUCCCCAGACGCUGCGGCUAGAGUUUGCCAAGGCAAACACGAAGAUGGCAAAGAACAAACUCGUCGGGACCCCGAACCCCAGCACUCCUCUGCCCAGUACCGCCCCCCAGUUCAUCGCCAGGGAGCCAUAUGAGCUCACAGUGCCUGCACUUUAUCCCAGUACCCCUGAAGUGUGGGCCCCGUACCCUCUGUACCCAGCGGAGUUGGCGCCUGCUCUGCCCCCUCCUGCUUUCACCUAUCCCGCUUCACUGCAUGCCCAGGUCCCCUGGCCCCCACCUGUAGUAGGGGGUCUGUCCCCUCUCCCCUUCCUUCACCACCUGUCCCAGGAAGGCCACUCCAGCUCUGCUCUUUGCUUAAUGAGCAAGUGGAUUCAGAUGCACAAAGCCGUGAACCACGGAUGCGCUGGCUCCCUCCCUCCGAGGCUACUUCUCAGGGCUGGAAGUCCCGUCAGUUCUGCUGAAUACUGUGCUUGAAUGAAGCACCACCUGGUUUUGAUUCCUCCAAGACUUUGCCACAGCCUCUAUCACACAUCUGUACUUGUCGAAGAAAAAGUAUAAUAAUAAAUAAAAAUGUUUUUUCUCUUUUACACUGUAUAAUGUAAGAAAUAGUGUUUCUGUGAAUGCGUGGUCUGCCAUCCAUUGCUGUAGAGUUUAAAAGGAAAUUUUAAACAUCACGUAAACACGCAGCAGGAGAGUGUGUUUUUUUAUGCCGAAUAUUAUAAGGAUGCCUGGAUUUUCAUACACUGGGUUGGAUCACCGUUUUUGUGUUUGACUUUUGAAUGCUUAGAAUAAGAAUUUUUAUUUUGUACCCCUUUUAAGCUGCAUGUUUGGGGGAUUUUUAAAAAUCUUAUCAAGCUCUUUUGUAUUGUGAGUUUGUGUAUUUUUGUUGUUCUGGCUCAAGUCUCGGGGAAGAUCCCACAUGGUGUGCAUGUCAGACACAAAGUUGUACAUAGUUAGGGAGUUAGCUUGUAACUCCCAGUUCUGCUAGCAUAUGUAGGUAAGGUUGUCUGGAUCCUUGGCUAGGGGAGUUUCUCUUCCCGGUAUAUUCCUGACUAGCCGAGCUGAAGUUUUCCGGGUCUAGGUCCCAGAGUUAGGGGCCUGUGCCAGUAACAAACCACAGGGCCAGCCAGACUGAAUGGGGGGGGGGGGGGGAAGUGCCUUGCUCUUCCAUGUUCUAUCACACCCCUUGAGGAGGAACACCUAGGGGAAGCAAGGGAAGAGCGCUUGCUUUCCUUACGAUCCGAAACCUUGCUCAGGGUUGCAGAGAAGCUGACCCAGCCCUGUCAAGUCUCCUGCAGCAAGGUUCACAGCUCUACAAAGGGAUCCCGCAAACACGAGGCAAGUCUUCCGGAUCUUUGGCAGCCCGAGCCAAACGUAACCGUUUUCUAUUCAUAAGAGAUGUCAGCUCAGCGUAGGAGGAGCUGCUGUAAACUGUACGCAGCUCCCGUCUUCACACCUCUUGUCAAAAGAGACCUCAGAGCCCAUCAUCCACCUGCUUUUGGUCCUGCGUUUGUUUUGCGUUACUUGUCUGAUACUUUAGAGGCUAAUAAACAUGUUCACCAUUUUA